GAAACUUUGCCCCAGACAAUUUUAUGAAAAAAAAUCUUGCUCGACAAGUAAUAGUUCUGUUACGUUCACAAACUGACAGAAUGGAAAAGGUAAAAGUGACGUGGCACUAGCAGCAGAGAUCUUCGUCUGAAAAAGACGGCCCAAAGCUUCAUGCUCCAACACAAAAUGAAUGACAGGGAGGAGGAAAUGUCCGAGGAUUUCCGAGAAGAAAAACAGGAGGAGGAGAAGGACAGGAUGGACAUUUCCCCGCUCUCUGUCACCAGACAACAAUUUGACAAUUUGACCCUCCAUUCAACAUUCUCGGUACAGCAGAGGAAGCGCUCUAAGAUCCGGACAAGUCGAUUUAGUCCAACCCAAAUUGUCAAAUUCCAAAAUUUGACCCUUGAUUCUCCAAACUCGGAACAGAGGCAGCCAUUGGCGGAAGCUAACAAAUAUGGGUUCAAAACUCCCAAAGGGAAAAGACAUUUGAGUCCAGACCUUAACACCAAGCGAGAAGUUUCUAGUGAUCCUCAGAGGCAUGGAGGCUGCAAACGGAGUCGAACCAACCCGUCCAUGUCCUGGCAUUUUGGCCAUCCUGAAGAGUCUCCUGUCAAAAGCCAAGUUAGAGAAAUCCCAGAGAAUCUAGAAGCCGAAUGUCCCUUCUUUAUGAAGUCCAUGAUACGAUCAAAUAUUUCCGUUUGCUUUAUGUUGACACUGCCUAGGAGAUUCUGCAACUUGCAUUUACCUUUGCAUGGUACAGCAACAAUAACAUUGGAAGAUAAAGAAGGGAAAGAAUAUGAAACAAAAUUUCUUGCGGACAAAAGGACGCUGAGUGGUGGAUGGAAAGGAUUUUGUCAGGCAAAAGACUUGCGUCUUGAUGAUGUUCUAGUUUUCCAGUUGGUUAGCCCUUUGAAGUUCAAGGUGUACAGAUUGAGACCAGAAUAUGAUCCAAGUGAAGAUGAUGUAGAUGCAGCUUUUGUCCUCUUGAAAAUGAGUACCUCUGAACAAACACUGUCUGAGGAAAACCCUCCAAUGCAGAGGAAAACCCUGCAAACCUGACAAGCUCAUCAUUUGUAGAUGAUGAUGAGUCUGAGGAUCAGAUUACAGAGAUAAGGAAUUUGGCUCCAAUCAUGGUGGUGGAUUUAAUCCGGCCAGGACAAGCUGCUGAUUUUGAAGAUGUUAGAAGUUAUGAGAAUUUCGCCAGUACGUGAAUGAUGAGAAGGUGUAUAGGUUUAGGAGAUGACCCAUAGAAUUGAGAAACGGUACACAUACAAAAACGUGCACAAGACCCCUUACGCUUUUGAGGAUCUUAAUUACUUGCCAAGAUGAAUCCUGAAUGUUGAUAUAUAGGAACUCCACAAACUUCAGCUGAUGGUAAUAUGCAUAUACAGGCAUACAGCUAGGAGCACUAUGCAUUGUUAACUGCUCUGCUUAUUUCAAGUCUCAUGAAUCUUUGCCAUUUACCCGGGUUCCCAUUUCUGCUAGAGAUGAGUCUAAGUAAGCUCAGUGAAGAUGGGUUACAUUAAUAUAUCCUCAUUCUGAAAGGAACAUUUCUAAAUGGGUAUAAGGUCUUACAAAGCAGAGUGAAACUCACGCUCCAUGUUCAUGA